AUGAACAAAACCUUGUCAAAUAAAAAAGCAUCUAGUAAAACUACCAAUAAUAGUAAUAAUAAUAAUAAUAACACAAUUAAUGAUCCAGUAUUAUCACUCCCAACCUAUUCAUUAGAAAUUUAUGAAGAAGAUUAUUUCAAUGAGUUAAUAUUAGAACCUCUUUCAUUUUUAAAAUCAGGAGAUGUUGUAAUUACAACAUCUCCAACUAAAAAAAAAACAUCAUCAGUCUCAGCAUCACCUUCACCAAUAAAAAAAGAAAGUAAUAGUAAUAGUAAUAGUAAUAGUAAUAGUAAUAGUAAUAGUAAUAGUAAUAAUAAUAAUAAUGAUAGUGAUUCUUCAUCUGAUAAUGAUUUAAAAUUUGAAGGUAACCAAGAUGAUAGUGAGGAUGAGGAUCAAACUAAUUCAAAUUAUUAUUGCCCAUUUUGUAAGAAAAAGUUUCAAACUGAACAAACUUGGAAUACACACAUUAAUAGUAGUAAACAUUUAAAGAGUAUAAAAGAUCAAAAAAAAAAAUCAACAACAACUGGUACUUCAAAUACACCAACUAAAAAUAAUAAUAAUAACUCUCCAUCAAAUGUUAAAUCACCAUCUUCAACAAAAACAAAGUCAUCAUCUUCUUCCUCUUCUUCUUCAUCAUCAUCAUCAUCAUCAUCAUCAUCAUCAUCAUCAUCAUCAUCAUCAUCAUCAUCAUCAUCAUCAUCAUCAUCAUCAUCAUCAUCAUCAUCAUCAUCAUCAUCAUCCUCCUCUACAAAUUCAAAAGAUAAUGAAUUCUUACAAGAUCAAAUAAUGCAAACUCAACAAGCAAUUAAAAUUAAAAAUAGUAAACCAAAUUUAGCUUGUAAAAAUUUAUUUACAAUAGCGAGAUCUUAUUGUCAAAAACAAUAUAUUAGAGAUUCUGCUAAAACUUUAAAUUUAAUAAUUGAUAUUUUAACAAUAUCUAAUAAUAAUAAUAAUAAUAAUACUACACCUUCAAUCACAUCUACAACUACAUCUUCAACUUCAAAUAAAUCUAUUGUAGAAUAUUCAUUAAAUAAUAUAUUAAAUAAUGCAACACUUUUAUGUAAAACACAUUUAUAUUUUGGUAGAUUAACAAGAUUAUUUAAUCAAAGACUAUCAGAAUAUCAUUUUUUACAAUGUUUUAAUUAUCUUGCUUUAAUAAAUAAUGAUCAAUUAUUAAAGUAUGAAUCUUCUUUAGUAUCAUCUUCACCUUUAAAUUUAUAUAAAAUAUUUAUCAUUCAAUUAGAUAAAUUUGGCAAAUCUAAAAAUAAAGAUACAAAUACAAAUACAGAUACAGAUACAAAUACAAAUACAGAUACAAAUAAAGAAAUUGAAUCAAUAAUUCAAAUUAACAAAUAUAUAAAUGAAAUUGCAGGUGCAUUAUGUUAUUGUGAAGUUAAUUUUAAAUCAAUAAUAUUAUAUAUAUUAGCAAGUUGUAUUACAUUUAAAUUUAAAUUAUAUAAAGAAUCAUUAGAAUCAAAUACUCGAGCUUUUAAAUUAUUAUCAUCAUUAAAACAAUAUCAUUGGUCAAUUGAUUUAUUAUUAAAUAAUUUAUUAAUUAAAUUAAAAUUAAAUGAAACUAUUGAUAUUGUUGACGGUGACGGUGAUACUGAAAUUCAAUAUCAAAAAUUAUUAUUAAAAGAAAAAGAAGAGAAAGAAGAAAAAGAAUAUCAAAAUAUUAUUAUAAUAUUAAUUAAAUAUUGUAUAUUAAUAGAUGAUAAAAUUAGAUUAUCAGCUAUUUUAGGUGAUUAUAAUUUCCAGAAAAUUAUUUCAAUUUAUUUUAAAAAUAAUGACUAUGUCGAUUGUUUAAUUAAAUCAAGUAAUCAAUUUUUAAUUGAAAAUUAUAAAGAAAUUGAUCAAAUUAAGGAUCACUAUGAACAUUUAAUUUAUUCAAAUAAAGAUUUUAUUUUCAUUUUUAAUCAAUUUGAUUUAAAAAAGAAAAUAUUAUUACAAAAAUAA